AUGACCAGGAUCCUCGCAGACGCUGCGCAAUGGGUCAGCGGAGACCUAUUCGGAUCGAAGUCCAUAUGGCCCGACGCAGACGACGUGCUAGAACUCUGCCAGAAGAGGCUGUUGAUAUGCGACGAGUGUAAGAUAGCAGACGGGUUCAACUAUGACAACGUGAAGAAGUGGACAUCGGAGGCUCCGGUGACGAUGAAGGGUAGGACGGGUUACCUGGCACAGACCGCGACAAUCACGUCCAACAACAUACCCUUCUACGAGAAGUCUGCGAUGAACAACAGCAUAGGGAGACGUAUGGUGGUGUACCACAUGUGUAAGCCGAUGACCAAGCAGAAGAAGGUCUACCCGAGAGAGGUCACCAACAUGGUCUCUUUAAGCUUCAUGUCGUUGGCGGUGUCUGUCGCAGCCGCUUUCGAGAGGCCACCCACGUCCCUCGCGAUCGCCCUGUACACAUUCUUCCGGAAGAACGUCAACAAGAUGACAGCCGGGUUGGUGUACGACGUCGGUGCUACCAGGUACGAGUGCAUACCAGCUACUUGUGCUAUGGCUAUACGAUGCGGUAUAACCUCCAAGAAGCUCUGCCAGGCGUUCUGGUCAUGCUCGCCGUCGCUGGUCACGGACAACGAACCGGGGAUGCCGUACAUAAACUCGAUCAGGUUCGUCAGGAAGAGGCUUUCUGAGCACGGGAAGGCCAUCGUAGACGAUAGGAACAGGACACACCAGGAGUAUAUCAAGCUGGAUUCGCUGCUGGAGAGGGGAGCGGCAUUCUCGUACUAGUCGAAGUAGCGAUCGAUGAACCACUCGAACUGACAUCGACGUCAAAAUCUGCAGGACUGUGACAAGUCCACCGAGCAGGUUACUACUAAGUGGUUGUGGUACCACGCAGAAGAACGGCGUAGAUACCAGAUCAACCCUACGACAACACGAGAGCGCGACCAUGAGUACCGCAACUUCGGCCACCAGAGCACAAGUCGCUCAGAAUCCCAUGGACGACCCGGAAAAGAGGAUGGACAACAUGAUGAACGCGGUGACCUUGUCGAAGUCGAGGACUGCGAGUGCGUCUACUACCUCUCCACCUACGACUCCCAAGUCGACUGGCAACCAGACGAGAUCUUCCCAGGAGAAGAAGACGCCUACCCCGAUAGGACAACGCGGUUGCAAAGGGAGCGAGUAUGCCAUUCUCGUACGGGCUGAUGCCGACGCACAUGCACUUGAUCGGAGUGGAGUUCGCUACAGCCAUCAUCGCCAUUGCCACGUUCUGGUACGUGUCCUUAUUCGAAACCACGUAGACUUUGGUCAAGAAUCUGGUGGUCGCAUCCAAACACGCAGACCUCACGUCAGACUGGACGGUGUUGACCUUCGAGACGUCCAUCCUCGUUCGGACUCUUUCCCCAAUCGCGUUGAUUCUCGUCGACAAGUGGUUGUCCAUGAUUUUGGCCCAGUCCAUCAACGUGUUUUUACUCGCUGUGCGGAUGACGACGGUGCUGACGAUCGUGAUACGGUAACGACUGUGGAGUGGAGUCGGUGCUAA